GUGUGUGGCUCACACCCUUGUUCUUGGGUUGGAUGCGCGGGUACAGCCGUGGCUUUGGGUUUUGGUGGAUGAUCUGGCUGCGUUUGAUAGAUUCCCCUGGGGCGCGUAUUCGUAUAAGAUGUUAUGCCAUUAUACGACAGAUGUAGGAACCGGCGAGAAAUAUCACUUCUACGGUCCUUCGUGGGCUUUAUAUGUCUGGGCAUUGGAGCGCGUCCCGGGCUUCGGACACAUGGUCGCAGCAUCUAGCGGUGAUCCGACAGCGCACCCUCGGUGUUUGAGAUGGACUUUCAGGGGUAAGCCGAAGCUUCACGGUCUGCGCGAUCUAUUCGAGGGACAGGGUGGUGUCAUGCCCCUGGAGCCCGAUGCUGACGAUCUGUCGAGUCACUACUUCAUAUCAGCGCUGACACCGGGCGAACUCUCGGUGAGCUUCAGGCCCCCCGACAACCCAUUAGCUCGGGGUGUCCAAUUUCCACAGGGCACCGGAGCCCGUGUUGUGGAGGAGCGCGGGGACGAGGAGGAUGUACCUAGACAGCCUCGUACGACUCGCAGUCACAGUGUCCGGGGCCCUGUGAGGGAUGCUCGACAGCACGAGCCGGCUCGUCAUUCAGUAGAUCCAGGCAAGCACCCAGCGCCGCAUACUUCUUCAUCGUCGAGCGGAUCUCGGACUGUAUCCAGUCCCAGCGAGGGUGAGGUGGAUCGUAAGUGGGUGAAGAAGACGAUCCGUCAGGAGAUUAAGAAGGCCUUCGGCAAAUUCGUGGAGAAACUGAAGGGCAAGGGUAAAAAGGAUAGGUGCAAGAAGAGCAAACAUUUCUGAGUGCCCGACUCCCCUGAUGAUGAUGACCAGCGACGGUCCCCUGAUGAUUACCAGCCACGGUCUCCUCCACAGCGACGGUCUCCUCCACCCAGUGCUUCAGGGCCCGACGCUUCAGGGCCAAGCGUUUCACGUUCCUGCGACGACGACCCCCGCGGUGAGGAACCACGCCAUCCAGAGACCCAGGAUUACAACGAGCAGUGGCGGGCCAUGAAUCAGUCUGUUCAGGGCGACUACACACCGGCGGAGCAGACUUUUGACUGGUCGACCCAGGUCUACCCUCAUUGGUCUUCCCCAUUCCUGAAGCCGCAGUAUAGAACAGAGACCCCGAUAUUCUUUGCUGAACCGCUCACUUCUAUUGCACCACAUGAGUGGGGACAGUCCAGUUCGGCAGGACAGGCUCAGACGGAGGAGCCUGAGCCACAGGCAGAGCAGCCACAGGUACUGCUGCUGCAGCACCUAGAGCAGCCGCCGGCAGAGCAGCCGCCAGCAGAGCAGCCGCCGGCAGAGCCCCCGCGUCGCAGUCAGAGGGUGAGGCGUCCGUCUAACUAUCAGCGAUCGCCUUGGGUUAAUAGCCAAAUGCCACGUCCAGUGACACAAGUCUGCAGUGACCAUUAUGAGAAGUGGAUGGCUAGGUGUCGAGAGGGUAGGGGUCGUGAGAUUUAUGUCAAGGCAAGUGGUGGUUUGCGGGAGUACGACGACUUCGCGCGGGUGGAUAAUGUCAGCCAGGAAUUCACAACUGGGGAUAUUGACUUGUAUUUCUUAAGCUUGAGAAAUAGACUUCGAGCUUCAGCAGAUUUACUGGAUGACGUAGAUAUGAAUAACACAAUCAUAUUAGACACGGAUUGGUUUAUAUACCUCCAGGGCGAGUGGGACGCUCUAUUGGAGAAGUGGGCAAGAAGUGAGUUUACUCCAGAGGAGUAUCAUAUAUUGACGCAUGGAGCAGUAGCUGAUGGUUGGCAGCCCCGGAUAGACUGGCUCUGCCAAAUACGUGGAAAAGCCGUUAAGGGCCAUGAACUUCCUCCUGGUCAUAUAGGAUGGAUGGAUGCCACACAGGUUCUCAUGCCAGUCAUAAUUGGCCACCAUUUUGUCCUAUGUCUGAUCCGGUUAGGAGAAUUGGUUUGCGAGGUCUAUGACCCAGUAUUCCACAAGCUAUCACCUCGACAGCAGGAUGGUCGAGUUGGUGAACUACUGCCUUUAUUGAGAUUGUUGCCAAUUGUCCUUCAGUUGGCGAGGUGGCUAGACGACACAUCCAUUGAUUCGACAGUGGCAAAGGAGAAGUACCCACUUAUGACGGCGGUGUUUGCUCCAGCGGAGGUUCAGUUUCACCAGCAGGACUCUGUCAGCUACGGGCCUUUCGUCUGCAUGUAUGCAGAACGACUGAUAUCUGGCUCUCCAUCCAUUGAGUGGGGUAACCACAACGUGGCGGCAUACAGGGCCAAGAUUGCUAGAUCUAUAUUUUCGCUGUGUGAAACUAGGAAAGCCCGUAUCACUAGACUUGGUUUUGCAUAG